ACACUGGAUCACUGCGCACCGACUCCCAGACACUGGAUCACUGCGCACCGACUCCCAGACACUGGAUCACUCCGCACCGACUCCCAGACACUGAGCACCAACGACCAGACACUGGAUCACUGCGCACUCCAACUACCAGGCAUUCGGAUCAAUACUGCCAAUGCACCCUGCACAAUGGAUCACUGCAUGCGACUCCCAGACACUGA